CCGCGCUCCCGCCGCCCGCUCCGCUCUGGGCCGCUGAGCAUCUUCCUUCCCGGCCCGCGUCGCCGCAGCCCCGCGGUUAUGAGCCCCGAACCGGUCCCGCCGCCGCCGCCGCCCCAGUGUCCCCGCUGCGACGGCGGGGAGUCGUUCGCCCAGCGGUUAGAGAAGGGCGACGAGGCCUUGGCCGCGGGCGAGUACGAGAUGGCAGCCGAGCUCUUCCGCUCCCUGCUGGCCGGGCUGGAGCAGCCCGACCGCGGCCUCUGCCUGCGGCUGGGGGACGCGCUGGCCCGCGCCGGCCGCCUGCCCGAGGCCCUGGGCGCCUUCCGCGGCGCCGCGCGGCUCGGGGCGCUGCGGCCGGAGGAGCUGGGGGAGCUGGCGGGCGGCCUGGCGCGCGCCGCGGGCCUGCGCGAGGGCCGCCUGUCGGCGGGGAGGCCGGGCCGCGCGCCCGAGGCGGCGAGCGAGGGGCGGCCGGCCUCGGCGGCCGCCGCGCUCCGCGACCUGCUGGGCUGCCCGCGCUGCCGGCGGCUGCUGCACCAGCCGGUGACGCUGCCGUGCGGGCUGACGGUCUGCGAGCGCUGCGCGGAGCCGGGGCCGGCGCGGCCGCAGGUGCGGCGGGUCAACGUGGUGCUGAGCGGCCUGCUGGAGAAGUGCUUCCCGGCCGAGUGCCGGCGGCGCAGGCUGGCGGGCCAGGCGCGGAGUCUGCAGCGCCAGCACCAGACCCAGGCCGCGCUGCUCAGGUGCGACCAGGCCCUGGACCUGGCUCCUGAUGAUAAUUCAUUGUUGCUGCUGCGAGCAGAAUUAUACUUAACCUUGAAAAACUAUGAGCAGGCUCUGCAGGAUGCCAGUGCAGUUUGUCAGAAUGAACCUCUCUUGACUAAGGGACAUCAUAUAAAAGCUCAGGCUCUUUCUGGAUUGGGAAGAAGUAAGGAAGUGUUGAAGGAAUUUCUCUACUGCCUUGCUUUAAAUCCUGAAUGUUGUGCAGUGAAGAAAGAAGUGCAGAAGGUAAUGUGUGAGGUGUUUUUUCCAGCUUCAGAAAAUGAGCAUCAAAAUUUAACAUCUUCCAUCCAAAGCAGAUUAAUGUCUCAGUGUCACAGCCAUGUAAACACCCGGUCUCCCCUGGAAGAAGGUGGAAAUGCAGGGAGUUCUGAGAAUCCGUCUGAGAAAUCUGAUGUGCUUAGAAAUACCAGUUCUUCAGUUUUAUCUUUUAUACUGGGUCUGCACUUUGAAGAGGAUAAAAAAACAUUAGAAAGUAUCCUUCCAGAGGCCCCAAGCUCUGGUUUAAAAAGACAGCUUCCAAAUGACAUGGUGGAUGCCCAGGACCUGAGCACUCCUGGAAAAAUUCCCAAGAAAGAUAUGGAUUCGUCACCUCAAAGGAGCAUGAACUCUAAGAUAGGAGAAGGUCCAGAGUUCUCCAUCGAUGUAACUGACUUUGAGUGUGCCCUCUGCAUGAGGUUGCUCUUCGAGCCUGUCACUACACCGUGUGGACAUACAUUUUGCCUAAAAUGUCUUGAGCGCUGCCUCGACCAUGCCCCACAUUGUCCGCUGUGCAAAGACAAACUUUCGGAAUUGUUGGCAAGCAGAAAUUUUAAUAUAACUAUUCUGGCUGAAGAAUUAAUAUUUCGAUAUCUGUCGGAUGAAUUGUCCGAUAGGAAGAGAAUUUAUGAUGAAGAAAUGAUGGAGCUAUCAAAUCUGACCAGAGAUGUCCCCAUCUUUGUGUGUGCCAUGGCCUUCCCCACUGUCCCGUGUCCACUCCACGUCUUUGAGCCCCGCUACCGGCUUAUGAUAAGGAGAUGCAUGGAAACUGGCACCAAACGGUUUGGCAUGUGUUUAUCUGCUGAGCAUGCAGGGAUUUCAGAAUAUGGCUGCAUGCUGGAGAUUAAGGACGUGAGAACUUUUCCUGAUGGAAGUUCAGUGGUGGACGCGAUUGGCAUCAGUCGGUUCAGAGUGCUAAGCCACCGCCACAGAGAUGGCUAUAACACGGCGGACAUUGAAUACCUGGAAGAUGAAAAGGUGGAAGGUCCAGAGUCUGAAGAACUUGCCACGCUUCAUGAUUCCGUUUAUCAACAGUCUGUUUCCUGGUUUGCUUCUCUCCAGGAUCACAUGAAAGAACAAAUUCUGAGUCAUUUUGGGAUAAUGCCAGACAGGGAAUCUGAGCCUCAGAGUAAUCCGAGUGGUCCUGCCUGGUCCUGGUGGAUCCUGGCAGUGUUGCCACUGGAACGCAAGGCGCAGCUGGCCAUACUCGGCAUGACCUUGCUCAAGGAGCGUCUCCUUGCCAUCCGCCGGAUAUUAGUCAUCAUCACACGUAAGAUGAAUAGUCGGCAAGAGCUGCUUAAUAACAGGGAGAGAAAGAAUUGAUUUUCUCUCUCUGUCACCAUUUCUGGAAGCCCUUGUGUUUUUGUGAAUGCCAAACAUGGAUGAGUAGUCAUCCCCUCCAUUGUGCUUUGUAAAAUGCUUGUGGAUAAGUUUACAAAAUGGAACACUUGCCAAACAUUGCCUCCCACCCCAAAACUAAAAGUCUGUGCCCAGUGAAAUCUGACUCUGUACAGGUUAGCCUGAAGUUUGAAUGGAGCCCAUGGUUGGAAAACAACCUAAGAUAAUCUCUUCUAAACAGAUGCGUUGGGAGCACAGUUCACUGACAGCACAGGAUACCACAGAUGGUUUACGUGUGGUUUAGGUUUCACAAGAAAGACGUGCUGCCUUCCCAGGCAGUGUCUUGCUCUGCCAGAUGGAAGCAACGUGCUUCAGCAGUGAGGCAGUAGGGGAAACCAUGUUCUUAUCUGGAAGCAGAUUUCUCAGGGCACAGACUGACUGAAAAUGCACUUAGGCUUUGUGUGUCGCUGUGAAGUUGUCUGUGAAAUAGAGGAAUCAAACCAUCGUCCAGUGCAGGAGCCAAAAUUAGUCCUUACCCAAGAAGUAGUAGCUACCAGGUAGAACUGUAUUUAGUAUCAUGUUGUAGUACCAGGUGUUGUGAAUUGCAUGUUGUAAUCCAAUGAUUGUCAAAAUACAAGGUGUACCCUGGAAAUAGAAAAAUCUGAGGAUAAUGUAGUUUAUUUGAGGAUAUGUAUAUUUAUACACACUUAGUAAACAGUGAGCCAAAGUGAGUUAAAACCAUGUAUGCAUUGGGAUGUCAAACACAACCAAACAAGUGCAAAGAACUUGUUGAAAGCAUAAUCUUGACUCAUUGCUCUAAUGGAUACUAAGCAUUUGGGAAAUAGUCAUCUUUUCUGCCAGGAUUUGCAUUAGAAAUUAGGCCCAUCAGUAAAUUUCAGCUGACUAUCCGUCCGCUAAUAUAUGAAGACAUUGAAAAGCUGCCGUGCAAUGAUAAUGUGUCCAUUCCGGGGAAAUAUACCAAAGAAUACAAGGAGGGGGAGGGUGCUAUGGGAAGUAAAUAUUCAGUGUUUUUUCUCCAACAUCAACCUGACAUUAUCUUUGUUUUUUUAAAACAGUUUUACAGUGAUCAGACCAGGUGUUAUCUGUUAAAGAAGAAUAGGUAUAACUUCUGACCUCUAAUGCACGUUGGUAAUAUUGGUUGGAAUAACCAUUUAAACCUGGGUACUCAAAUGUUCUCACUGGCCUAACAAGCUGGUGCACAGAUGGCUCUUUCAUCUGUGAGAUGGGUGUUCUUAACUGAGGGACAACAGGCACCAAAGUCCAAAUCACAACAGCAAGCUUUGCUUUAUUCACUCACAGUAUGUGACAUUUGAGUUGUAAAAAAUACAUUUCAUAAUACAAAAUGCUGAUGGUUUAUCAAACCAUCAAACAUUUUUUUAGAAAGACUUUACAACCAUACUAUUAAUUUUUUUAAUUGUAGGAGUCAAAACUUAGUUUCAUCAUGGCAGUUAGAAAAUCCUAUACCUGUGUAGCUUAAUUAUAAAGAGAAAAUUUGAGAGUAUUUUCCAGUCAAAUGUUUCAAGUGCCUCACUUAUUGUGAAUCUCAAAUCUGGUCUUGAAAUCUUGAACAUGGUUUAAAGGCAGUUUUGCCAAGUGGUUUCUAAGAGAUUUUAUUAAUUCGUAUAUUAACAAUAGUAGUCAACUUUCUUAGGCAUUAUAACCUAAUAUGAUGAUUUAAAAGAAAACAGAACAGCUUCUAAUAUGCCAGAAGACCUUUACUAGAAGUGAUUCAUGAAAUUUGCUGUGCAGUGACCAUCCUCGGUCUUUCAGAAAAAUUUUUUGUGCUUCAAUACUGUAUCCGAACAGUUAUAAUUGCUCUUUACAUAUGGAGGUGUCUGCGUGACCAUGAUGUGAUCAUAAUUUCUCAGGAGCCUUCCAGAAUUUAUGCUGCUGUACUCAGAGUGCUGGAGGCUGUUGCUUUGUCUUUUUCACUCUUUAAAUGUCAUAACUUGCAUGGUUCCUGGAAUCAGAACCAUGGAGUUAUUUCUUCCUGAUUACGUUUGCCUCUUUCCGUAGGGCCUGCACAGCACUAAUGAUGCAGAUGAGCGCAAGGCCAGUUUUUGUUUUCUGACACCAGAGGGAGUUAAGUACGAUCACUCCAUGCUCUCUGUGCUGAGCGUCACACCUCCACGUGGCGCGGAGUAGACAUAGGCUGCCACUUGCUGAGCACUUAGAUGACCUUACGUAUCAGGAGGUCGAACCAAGGUAGUAACAUCCCACCGUCAUGUUAUGAAGGAAGCCUCCUCUCACAAAUUUUAAAAAAGAAAGAAACCCAGACUCCAGUUUGCACAAAUUUAGCUGAAGCAGAACCGUGACUUCCUCCUCCCCCGCCCCUUCCCACCCCUUUUCUUCCAGGAGGUGUCAUUUCUGAGGAUUUCUCAGAAAAUAAUGUAAUGUCUUAUUCAAAGUCAGGGCAUUCCAACUUUAAUUUUACUGAAAGUGUUCCAACACUGAUGCUUUAGUUAUAUGAGAAUAGACGUGGAAAAGGGUAAUAGUGCGGGGGAGUCAUUUUUCCUUUUGAAGUGCAGUGCACUCUGUUAGGUAUUUUUCCGUUCAUUCUCCUAAAUGGCUGGGAUGAUGCUGUACUUAGUCAUGGGCUUCCGGGCAGGGGCAGUGUGGUCUGUGAUGUCCUUUUGAAGUGGAUACCCAGUGUGUUGAAGUGGGUCUCAGCAUUUGCCAUGUUUGGUUAAAACAGUGGCUUUCUUGGAGGCUUUGGGCUUCCAGAUUGCAAAUCAAUGAAAGCCCCCAGACCGGUAGUAAUAAGAUCAGUGGACACCGGAAUGUGCGCAGCUGCACUUGACAGGGUUUUUGCUUUUUCUGGAGGAAGUUUAGGUUCAAAUGGGCCCCCAUAUCAGAGGAGCCGCUGCCUGGCCUAUGGGGUCCAGGAGAGUAUGUGCCCUCUCUCUGGGCUCCAGCUCUUAUGGGAUGGGGGCAAGAUCCAAAAUUUAUACAGAGAAGGGAGAAAUUAUGAAAACCUCUAAUAUAUAAUGAGUUUUUAUAUACAUGAAGGAAAGACAUAUCCCUGUUUAAAUAUUGGAAAGGGCCAUGGGAAUGUUUUUUAAAGUUUGGGUGAGGCGUGAGUCAGUCAAGGGGCCCUGAAUUAAGAGAGAUUGAACUCUGAAUUAAACUAGUGAUCUGGGACCAUCAGAGAUGUGACAGUUCUAGUGAACAUCUUUCCCAAGAGCCCAGUGUUGUGUAUUCUGAGAAGGGAAAUAUGUAACGUCUGCAACUCUGAAGGGAACAAGAGGUGUCCCAGGGAGGCCUUGUACUGUGGGCUCAGCUUAUGUGGCGACGUGUGCGAUUUUGAUUUAUAUCUUGUGUAUCUGUGAGGCAAGAGAUUUACCCCGCAGUGAACAAACUCAUAGGCAAUGGCCCAGUGCUUUUUAAUAAAUGUUCAGAUGGGACCAUUUUCUGACCGGGUUAUCUGAUGUAAGAUGACUGCUUGAGUUUGGCCAAAUGUGUUGGUUUGGGGUCCCAUCUUGGUUUUAUUGGCUAAGGGAUGGAGAGCAGUAGUGUUCCACGGAGCUCUGUCGUUGUGAGGGUGGUUGGCAGUGCCAUCCACACUGCCUGUGAAUUCCUGUUGCUGUUUGCUCAGUUAGACCCAAGGAAGUCAAGGGGCCUGGGAGAGGGUGAUCUCUUCCAGCAUCGUGGCACCUAUCCAGGUACUGAAGACAGGAGAGGCUACCAUCCUGCAGGUGGAAUAUGCUAGAGGGCCUAGGUUUAGCUCCAUCCCAUGUUAAGGAGGACUCUGUAGCCGUGCUGAGCUUGUUUCCAUGGCCCCAAGCUUAAUGGGCUGCUGGGUAUGGAGACUCACGGGCUCAGGGUCUGUGAGAGCCUCUGUUUCCAGAGAGCCCAGUAGGUGCCCAGUCAUUUGAUGUUUUAAUGGUGUGUAGAACAGGACUGCAAAUUUCUUGCAUCCAAAGCCCUUGGGCAACUUAUGAGUGGAGGUUGCUAGUUUCCUUAGUGACGGAGUCUCUGAGGGUGCUAACAAGAGUGCUUAUGAAUUUUAAUUUGGUCAAAGUUUUCUUUAAUUUUAACGUUUGCUUGUAUGUUUUUAUGGGGUACAGUGUAUUGUUUCAAUACAUGAAUAUACAGCACAGUGAUUCAUUUGAGGUAGAUAGCAUAGUUUUGUACCUGUUAGGGGAAAGCCCUGGCAAGCAUCUUCACUGUGGCUUCCGUGGCAGGGGCUACAGGGCAGGGAAACAGCUUAGGACUGGCCAGAUUGAAUAAUGUCAGAGGGUGACUAGGGCAAAGCAGAUUGCCUCCUGGGUUGUAAGAGCCAGAUAGAGGAGGAGGUUCAGAGUGUGGGCUCUGGACAGUUUAGUUUGCAUAUGGAAGGGCUCCCAGGAGAGCCCUUUGCUCUGAGAAUUGGCCAGCCGUGAGAGGGGCAGUCUCUCCCUAGUCAGCGAGGCUACCAAGAUGUCAAAACACCAUAAAAUACAAAAAAGCAUGAUUAAUACAAGCUCACUCUAGUAUUUCUGGCUACAGCUUCUGGAAGAGCUUGUACUCUUCAAAUGAGUAUGUUUUUCUCUGCGGAGGGUGAAGCCUGGGCCUGCAGCACCCUUCGUGUGUGCAGAAGCUCAGCACAGAACCACCUGUCUGCAAUCCUGCAGCAAAGGACCGUGCUCUCAGGCAGAGCAGGGCCAGGGCCAGGAGAGCAGCCUAAGGCUCCCCAUACCUAUAGCAGCCGCCCAGGUAGAAAGACUGGACCUGAGGAAUAACCGAGAACACUGAGGAAGUUUGCUGUCAUGAGGCUGGAUUGGCAGAUGUGGCCUUUGAAGGCAAAAAUGGAGUUUACAACAUGAAUAUCUCUAACCUUUUGCUUUUCAGAGAUCAUUUUUAAAAAGUGCAUUGGGGCCUUUGUUAUUUACCAUGCCGUUUUAACUUUAAUAGUUUUGUCAAGUUCUGCACUGUGGACAGUUUGGUCAGCGGCCGACUUAUCUUUUGUACUGCUUACCCCCACAUGGUUUUCCACUGAGCUCUGGCAACAGCUGUUAAGAGGCAGGUUGGAAAGCUAUGUACUCUAUCCAUACACUGUUCUUUCAUGCUAGUAGAGGGUGGUGUGGUGUCAUUAGCAUCUUAAUUUUAUGGUUGUGAAAUGAUUUUACCAAUUAAGAACUUGAUGUGUAUUUUUUCCAUGUCAUUAGAAGAGCAGAUUUGAACAAAAAGGUCAAUAUAGAUAAACUUAAAAAUUGUGCUUUUACUUGUUUAGAGACAGGCAAAGUGUUGUCACAUUCAUGUACUAUAGACUGUCCAUCUGGUCUUUUGUUUUCUAAGUUUAAGUCAGGGUUAAAGAUGUGAUAAGAAUAUUUGGCAUUUCUUGUGGUUUAAGUUGAGGCCAAACUUAAAUGUUGCAGUAUUUACUUCCUGUGUUCUUGUACUGUUCAUUUUAAUGAAUUGGAAUUGUAUAUCUAAUAUGUGAUAUUCGUAGUAAAUAAAACUCACAGUGCUGUAAAUGUUCCUUAAUAAAAAUAAAUAAUUACACCCAAGUAAUAGGGUAGAAUGACUAGAAAUUAGAUAAAGUCAGUGUGUAGGAUGUUGUAUUUGUUUCCUAGGGCUGCUCUAAUAAAUUACCACAGACUCAAUGGCUUAAAACAAUAGAAAUUUAUUCUCUCACAGUUCUAAGGAUUAGAAGUCCAAAACCCAUGUGUCGGCGGGGCAUCUUCCUCUGAAGGCUCUGGGAAGAAUCUUUCCUUGCCUCUUCUGGCUUCUGGUGGUUGCCAACAAUCCGUGGCAUUCCUCAGCUUGUGGCUGUGUGACAUCAAUCUCUGUCUCUGUCGUCAUGUGGCCUUUUUCCCUCUGUGUAUCUGUGUGUGCAGAUGUCCCUCUUCUGAUAUAAGGACACCAGUUAUUGGGUUUAGUGUCCACCCUGAUCCAGGAUGACCUCAUUUUAACUUGAUUAUAUCUUCAGAGACCCUCUUUCUAAAUAAGGAUCUGCAUCCAGCCCAGCAACAACCGAGCCACCACUGGAAGCCCCUUGUCCCCCCUGCAGGAGUGAGGGGGGUGCCACGAGCCUCAACCACUCGCCCCUCCUUUCGUCUUCCCCCGCCCUAUUUCCUUCCCCGUUCCCGUCUCCCCUCCCCUGUUAGCUGCUCUGCAACAUCUUAGAAUGUAAAAAAAUAAUAUUAAUAAGCUUUUAAAAAACCAAAAAAACCAAAUAAGGUCAUGUUCACAGGUUCUGGUUGGACAUGACUUUUGGAGGAACACUAUUCAACCCAGUACAGAUGUGGAACUAUUUCAACUUACUUCAUCAGUAGAAAAAUAAAGAGAAAGGUUGUCAGUGGCUUUACCUUAAAAACCGUAAUUACUUUUUAAGAUCAGUUCUAUCCAAGACAGAUCAGAUUUAAUAGGAACUGAA